UUCAUCGUCUGCGGUUCAAGAUGAAAAUUCAAACUUUAGUGUACUCAAGGAUAAAAAAUUAUUCCAACUUUGAUUUUUUAUUGUUAAAAGUUUUGCAUAUCGAUGCAUAUUUGGCAUAUAUUCGAGCAUAUUUCUUAAUAUUUUGUGCAUAUUUUUGUGAAAAUACGUGCUUAUAUAUGCGCGGAUUUUUCGUGCAAAUAAUCCGAGCUUUAGUAAUUAGUAAUUAAUCAUAGUAGUGGUAAAACCGUUCUUGCCCUAAGGUCCAAAUAUGGAAAAACACCAACCACCACCACCAUAUUAUGAACAACCACAACCAUUUUCUAGCCCACCACAAGCACCUUACAACCCCCAACCUGCGGUUACGGCAGCCCCGGCAUCGACCCAUGUUACCAACGUUCAUGUUUCAACGCAACCGGCAAUGGGGGGCACUUGCCCCAUCUGCCACGCUGGUAAAUUCACAGGGAGUUUCACGUUGUGUGGUUGGCUGUGUUGCUUAUUUUGUUUCCCCUGUGGCAUAAUUUGCUGUCUGUGCAUGCGCAAGAAGAAGUGCAGCCAUUGCGGGUUUUCCCCCUCAUAAAGUAUUUUAUAAUAUAAAAAAAAUUUAAAGUUUUUUUUUCACAUAUUUGUUAUAAUGAACAAAUCAAUAAAAAGAAAUUAAUAGG